AUGAAGAAAUGCAGACAAGCGCAUUCAAGACGGGUGCUUCGUAUGAGUAGAAGGUCAGCAACGCCGUAUUCUGUUUUUUUCAAAGAAUAUAUGAUGAAGAAUGGGGUUGGGAGUAUGAAUUUGGUUGAGGCAGCGCAUUUGGUUGUUAAAAGAUGGAAGGAGAUGACGGAUGGAGAGCGUAGUGUUUAUGUUGCAAAGUGUAAGGAGGAGAUGAGCAAAAACAAACUGAGCGCAAAGAAAUGUAAGGAAUGCAAGCUGUGUGAAGAUGAAGAAGUAAUUAAAGCAUUUGAGAGUGAAGCAUUUAAGGAUUGGAAGAUCACUGGAUAUAUGUGUUAUCUAGAAGAUGUAUUUGAUGUAUGUGGAGACAUUGAAGCAUCGGCAGAGGAGAAUGCUGUUAUGUUCUCAGUGAUGUGGAAUGGUUUUAAUGAAGAAGUAAAGGACAAAUACAGGAAAUGUGCUUCAUUAAGGUUGAUGGAACAGACAAGCAAGCAUAAGAAGAGUAGCAAAACGCACAAGCGACUCCAGGGGGGCUCGAACCCCCAACCUUCGGUUCCGUAG